CCCAAUAAGAGUUAAAAAGAAUCUGUGAGCACGCCACUGGUUGGCACAUGACAUUUUGGGAAAGUUCUCGAUUUCAACACUAGUAGUGGAAAGGGAAAAGCCAUUUCGGGUUUUGUUUGUCAUUCUUUCUUAACUUUGUGUGGAAAUUUUCCGAUUGUGAUUGUGAUUGCUUGAUUUAAAGUGCAAAGAAGCCUGGAAAUCAGACGUGUACCUGUCUAGAAUGCCGGUGAGGGUGGAUCCCACAUUGCCUCCACCCGCCAAUUCCAAACAGCCUGGAAUAACCAAAAGUUUAUUGUAUAAUGGAUCCAAAUUUCAGGGUUUCCAGAAAAGUAAAGGAAAUUCAUACGAAGUCGAGGUGGUUUUACAGAAUGUAGAUGAAGAAAACUCGUACCUUUGCGGAUAUCUUCAAAUCAAUGGCUUAACUGAAGAAUACCCCAAACUUACCACAUUCUUCGAUGGGGAAAUCAUCAGUCAAAAGUAUCCGUUUUUGACCAGGAAGUGGGAUGCUGAUGAGGAAGUCGAUAGGAAACAUUGGGGCAAAUUCUCGCAGUUUAAUCAGUACGUAAAGACUUUCAAUUCGGAUAACUUUGACUAUACCCAACUGGGUGAUGCGGAUUAUGUGUUUAUGCGGUGGAAAGAGCACUUUCUGGUACCAGAUCACACGAUUCGAGAUAUCAGCGGCGCCUCGUUUGCUGGGUUUUAUUACAUAUGCUUCCAGAAAUCCAAAGCCACUAUAGAAGGAUAUUACUACCAUAGAAGUUCGGAAUGGUAUCAAUCGUUAAAUCUAACACACGUGCCUGAAAACUCCAUACAAAUAUACGAGUUUAGGUAAGAGUUCCAAUGUACAGAUGAUGAAACCAACGGGGGUAUGUACCUUACAAUAAAAUUGCUGUCUUUAGUCGAUUAACAUAUACGUCGCUUUACAUUUUCCUUUACAUUGGAAUUUAUAAAGCGACUGGCCGUUUAGUUUUUUAAAUUAUUGUUGUUAUCUCGAGAACUGGGGUUGCCUCUUAAUACCUAAGUCAUUAUUUAUCAAGUUUAUAUUCUAUUUUUCAUAUCUUUAGUCGUAUUCUGGAACACGUGAAUGUGUCUCAUUUGAUUUUUUUAUGUUAAAUAGCUUUAAUAUAGGGUUGUUAAAAUUGUAUUAAAUUGAAAUGUGUGAUACUAAGGCAGAGGAAAAUUAAUUAAGAUUUAUUCACGGUUUCAGUCUCAAAUAUUCAGUUGUUCAGUUUCCAAACAGAUCACUUUUUGCGAUUUUGUUAUUGAAGCCAAAUUGUUAGUGUUUAUCAUUACAAACUGAUUUGAAUUAGUGCGCACCAGUAAGGUUCAAGUUUGCUACAAACUCACAAUAUUCUGAGAAAUAUAAUUUGUUUUAUUGUAAAUAAUUAUAAAUAAAAAAGAUUGAUUUUUGUAUUACAGAAAA